GCGCCCGAGCAGGGACCUACUAGUAAGUAGUCCUUAUAAUAAAAUUUCUGCGAUCUCUACGGAGCACUCCAGAAAUAUAACAAAAAAGUAUAACUUAAAUAAAGUGAUUUCUGCGAUCUCUACGGAGCCCUCCAGAAAUAUAACAAAAAAAUUAAUAAUAAUAAUUGUCCUAUCUCCUCCUUCGCCAACCUGGUAUUCCUGGUGGUUUAAAAACAAAAAGUACCACAGUCAAAUAUACAGGUGAGUGAAGUUUUCUUAUUUUUGUCAUCACAAAAUGGAAGAGUUAAAAUCAACAGUAACUACCUUGACGGGAGCCAUAAAUCGUUUUAUGGAACAGAUCAAGGUAGUAGAGAAUAGGAUAAGUAAUGUUGAGACCUGUCUUAGUAACGAUGCACUAGGUCAGGUUCUGAGUAGGUUAGAACGUCUUGAAAAUAGUCAGGCUGCCGCAACAUGUUCCGUGGUUCUUGAUGAUAGUCCUCUUCAACGGCCACGCACAGAAAGUGAUUUGAAAGAUAUUAGUCGUCUCCCCGAUAGUGUAAAAGAAUUGAGGUCCUUUGAAGGAAAUCCAACGCAAUACAUUUCAUGGGUGCAUUCUGUCGAGACAGUGUUAAAGGAUUUUGUGAUAGUUAAAGAAAAACCAAUUUACCGUGCUAUCCUACAAAGCGUUCGCCAGAAAAUCAUUGGCGCUGCAGAUACAGCAUUGAUUUCGUACAAUGUAUUUGAUAGCGAUUGGGCGGAAAUAAAAAGAAUUUUGUCACUUCAUUACGCUGAUAAGCGGGAUGUUCAAACCUUGGAACACCAGCUAAAUCAGCUGUCACAGGGAUCUUCAACGGUUGACGAGUUUUAUUCUACGAUAAACCGCCAACUAUCUUUGAUUAUUAACAAACUCAAAACGGAAUCAUAUAGUGUGGAAAUAAUCAGGGCUCUGGUGGAAACAUACCGGAACAGAUCGCUCGAUAUCUUCAUACGCGGGCUAAUGCCAGAGCUUUCACGUAUGAUUAUUAUCCAGCGACCGACAACACUUCCUGAAGCAUAUUCUGCUUGCCUAGAGCUACAGAAUUUGACGAUGAGGAACAAUAUCCUGUACACCAAAGCUCAGGAUUUAUCAUGCGCAAGUACAGGGCAUGGUUCUGGACCUUCAAGGCCACCAAAGUCAUUUCCCAUGCGAUCGGGAUGGCAAUCGCAGAAUUCUCGUCCUAAAAAUUGGCAGCAUAAUCCUACUAAUAAUUUUUCAAGCUCAAGAGCGAAUGCGUACACCCCUAACAAACCAGACAUACCCCCGCGGUAUCCGGCGAUUAAAUAUGAGCCUAUGGAGACUGAUAGGUCAAUACAAUCACGCCGGGUUAACUAUAUUAACAAUCCAAGAACGACAAGAAAAAGAGCUGCUUCAGAAAUACAUAUAAUUAAUAAGCAACCUAGAAGAAAAUUUUAUGGGGGAAGGCCCUCAAGCCCACCCUAUAUAGAAUAUAAUUCUACAGCUGGAGAUGUUUUAUGUUUCCUGAUCGACACUGGUUCUAAUAAGAACUUUUGUAGUCCGCGCUUAUCAAAAGGUAGCAUACCUUUAGAAAAGCCAAUAAGUGUAAAAUCGGUGGGAGGAAAUGUAAAUAUUGAACGGAAGGUUGUAGGAUCAUUUUUUAAAUUUGUAGGGAUAGAUGAACCAAUCCACUUUUAUGUCUUACCAGAAUUGAAAACAUUUGAUGGAAUUAUUGGAGAUGACACCCUUAAAGAGUUAGGUGCUUUAGUUGAUAGAAAGAAAAAUAUUUUAGUUUUAAAGAAUCAUUUUCAGAUCCCACUAAAAGAAAAAGUCACAAUAGAGUCAAAUUAUAUCUUAGAUGAUGAAUACAUACCAAAAAUUAGAAUUAGAAUAGAAAGUCUUAUAACCAAAUAUAAACCACUUUUCGGACCACUAGAUGGAAGCGAACUGGCAUCCUCAAAUGUGCAAGCAGAAAUUAGAACAACUACAGAAGAACCAAUUUACACCAAGAGUUACCCUUACCCAGUUUGUAUGAGGGAAGAAGUAGAAAGACAAAUAACAGAAUUACUUUCAGAAGGAGUCAUAAGACCUUCUAAAAGCCCAUAUAACUCUCCUAUUUGGGUCGUCCUUAAGAAGCCAAAACCAAAUGGAGAGAAACAGUACAGAAUGGUAGUUGAUUUCAAGCGCUUAAACUCUGUAACCAUUCCGGAUACUUACCCAAUUCCAGAUAUAACAUCCACUUUAGCUAGUCUAGGGAAAGCGAAAUACUUUACUACGAUCGAUCUCACAUCAGGGUUCCACCAAAUAGCAAUGAAACCAAGGGACAUACAAAAAACAGCGUUUUCAACAGCAAAUGCAAGUGAGGGAAUGGAUGUAGGUUCCGAUGACACUCUAACUGCAUCAGAGGGCCGAGAUGAUGACGAACUUUCAUCAGGGGCAACAGUUCAUAGUGCUGAGCGUGACGCUUCGGACUUAAUACCACAUUAG